GUCUCAGAGUGUCUGAGCUCGUGGCUGCUCUGUGCCUUGCAGUGGGCACGUGAGAGGGUACUGCCCCAGGGCAGGUCAGCUCUGUGGAAGGCCUUGAUGCUGAAGGUCUGAGGCUUCUGGGAGCCCCAAGGCCCAGCGCUCAGCAGCACUGGCCAGAGUGGGGGUCCCUGAAGGGCUGGCUGGGUGUGCCGGGCAGGGUGCCUUCCAGGGUUGUAGCUCAGGUGUGAGGUUGCUUGCAUCCUCUCUCCAUGUCUGGACUCUGCCAGGCUUGCAUGAAGCAGUUCCUGCCAGACCCAGGGAGGACUCCCGUGGCUAGGGGUGCCUGGGCUCUAGAAAUGAGGGCCAGGGAUGUCAGGGCUCUGGACACCCUGUCCCACCCCAUAGAGAGGGGCUUUGUGGCUUGCACGUCUGUUAGGCUCAGGACCCUCUUGCUUUCAAAGCCAGCCUUGGGGGAUUGAUUGGGAGACGGGGGCUUUUCUAAGAACCCCUUUUGGUGCUGGCCAGCCCCCAGCCAGCGCUGGGAAGGCAGGCAAGGGUCUCGGAGGCAGUUUCUGGGCUCCAGUGACAGGGCAGCUGGUGGCGGGGAAGGUAUGUUCUGAGAUGCAUGGCUGUGGGCCUGUGGCCUCGCGUUCCCCCAGGACUGUCCGAGGUCCUGGGGUCUGCUCUUUAAGGAUGGCUAGUAAAGCCUUUUCAUAUACUAAUAACUUAUCCCACAUUGGACAUUUACUGUCAUUCUGAUUUGUAUCUGGGGCUGCAUGUCCUGCACCCCAAGUGGGUCCCUAAUACCAGUCCUUGUCAGCUGAGGGCACUCUCUUAGGUAUCUGAAAUUCAUUCCCAGCCUGAGCCUCCGGCCACCCGUGGGUCAACCUGCCACUCUCACCUGUGUGAGCGUUGUAGUUUCAAAGCCAGAGAACAGCUGCCCUAAAGCUGGAGAACAAGGAACGUGGUUCUUCUCCUUAGAUGAGGAACCAGCACCAGGAGAACAGGCCAGUGCCUCUUCUGGACCCUUCCUCCAGGCAGCCGCUACUCAGGUUCCCGGGCCCCACCGGCAAUUCCACCUGCAGCCAGAACAGCAGAUCUCCGAGCAGUGGGGUGACUUGGGCCUCACUGCGGAGCCACGGCUGGAACCUGGUCUCACCCAUCGAGCAGGGACCUGCAACCAUGGAGGGGGAGGAGGAGGAGCCGCCUCAGGAGGCUGCCAUGGAACUAGUCGGGACGCCGGGGGCUGCAGAGUCAGCACCCAGGGUGAUUGCUGGAGAACCCCAGAAUCUGUCCGACAUGGAUGCCUUCAACCUGCUGCUGGAGGUGAAGCUGAAGCGGCGGCGUGAGCGGCCCGACCUGCCUCGCACUGUGACAGAGCUGGUUGCUGAGGACGGGAGCCGCGUGUAUGUGGUGGGCACGGCCCACUUCAGUGAUGACAGCAAGAGGGACGUUGCCAAAACCAUCCGGGCAGUGCAGCCCGACGUGGUGGUGGUGGAGCUGUGCCAGUACCGUGUGUCCAUGCUCAAGAUGGACGAACGCACCCUGUUGCGUGAGGCCAAGGAGGUCAGCCUAGAGAAGCUUCAGCAGGCUGUCCGGCAGAACGGAGUCAUGUCUGGACUGAUGCAGAUGCUGCUGCUGAAGGUGUCGGCCCACAUCACUGAGCAGCUGGGCAUGGCACCUGGCGGGGAGUUCAGGGAGGCCUUCAAGGAGGCAAGCAAGGUGCCUUUCUGCAAGUUUCACCUGGGCGACCGGCCCAUUCCUGUCACCUUCAAGAGGGCCAUUGCCGCGCUCUCCUUCUGGCAGAAGGUCAAGCUGGCCUGGGGCCUCUGCUUCCUGUCGGACCCCAUCAGCAAGGACGACGUGGAGAAAUGCAAACAGAAGGACCUGCUGGAGCAGAUGAUGGCCGAGAUGAUUGGGGAGUUCCCCGACCUCCACCGCACCAUCGUCUCUGAGCGCGAUGUCUACCUGACCUACAUGCUGCGCCAGGCAGCCCGACGCCUCGAGCUGCCACGCACCUCUGACGCCGAGCCCAGGAAGUGUGUGCCAUCUGUGGUUGUGGGUGUCGUGGGCAUGGGCCACGUGCCCGGCAUCGAGAAGAACUGGAGCACUGAGCUCAACAUCCAGGAGAUCAUGACUGUGCCCCCACCGUCCAUCUCUGGCCGACUGUCUCGCCUGGCCGUGAAGGCCGCCUUCUUCGGCCUUGUGGGCUACAGUCUCUACUGGCUGGGCCGGCGCACAGUGAGCCUGGUCUUGGCGCUGCCUGUGGCGCAGGACUGUCUACAGAGAGUGUCUACCAUCCUGCCGAAGAAGUAGGUGGUGCGGCUGGCCCGGAGAUGCCGAGGAGUGCUGGAUCCAUGGCGCACAGCUUCGGAGCAUGGGGGGCAGAGGCGGGGCAGGGAAGCGCCUGGCAGAGCGCCUUCCUGCUGCUGCCGCAGGCGUGUAGUGAGGGGCCUGUGCCCACCACCAGCUCCCGGCUGGCUCCUGCCCAGCGCCUACACAGCAAGCCUCACUGCCCCCCACGGGGGUCCAGGCCUAGCUCAUCUGCCUUUCCCGUCACUGAGGCCUCACCACCCCCCGCCCGCCCAAUAAAGAGUCAUUGGUGGUUCUGA